AUGCUGGGGGCUGUGAACGGGGACGCGAGACUGCUGAACAAAGGGCUUGAGUGUUGCACCAGUGGCUCAGGCCUGAGGACAGAGGCCCAGGUAGGCACGCCAGCUGAGGCCUGCCCAGGAGGGAAGGUGGGAGACCCACAGAGGGCCAAGAGCGCGGCGUUGGAACCGAGCUCCAGCGCGGACGCAGGUGCAGUGGCCUGCAGGGCCCUGGAGGUGGACUCAGGGGAUGCCCGGCGGGCCCCCCGUGCCCGAGGGGAACGUCGGAGGCACACUAUCACCAGCGGCGUGGACUGCGGCCUGCUGAAGCAGAUGAAGGAGCUGGAGCAGGAGAAGGAGGUGCUGCUGCAGGGUUUGGAGAUGAUGGCACGGGGCCGUGACUGGUACCAGCAGCAGCUGCAACGAGUGCAGGAGCGCCAGCGCCGCCUGGGCCAGAGCAGAGCCAGCGCCGACUGUGGGGCUGCAGGUAGCCCCCGCCCACUGGGGCGGCUACUGCCCAAGGUACAGGAGGUGGCCCGGUGCCUGGGGGAGCUGCUGGCGGCAGCCUGUGCCAGUCGGGUCCUGCCCUCGUCCUCCUCCGGGCCCCCCUGCCCUGCCCUGACGUCCACUUCACCCCUGGGCUGGCAGCAGCAGACCAUCCUCAUGCUGAAGGAGCAGAACCGACUCCUCACUCAGGAGGUGACCGAGAAGAGUGAGCGCAUCACGCAGCUGGAGCAAGAGAAGUCGGCGCUCAUUAAGCAGCUGUUUGAGGCCCGCGCCCUGAGCCAACAGGACGGGGGGCCUCUGGAUUCCACCUUCAUCUAGUCCGUGUGGGCAGCGCGGGCCCCCAGGGCCGGCCUGGCACUCAGCCCUUCGAGGGUGUGCGUCCCAUCGCACCCACCCUCUCUGGCUGGAGACCCCCUGCAGGCCCAGGCACAGUCCCGGAGUGGGCGCCUUCCUGCCCCCCUUGCCAGAUGGGCUCCCCAGGCCUGCCUCCCACUGGCCCCCGCACCAAGCCCUUGACUCCGUUUUGGCUCCUGGUGCUGACAUGGGCUGGGACUCUCUUGAGUCCGCAUAGUCCGCAGCUACUACUGCCGUUGUCAGUGGACAGUGGGGGACCCCUCCAUGAGUUACCGCCCCCCGUUUCCAGCGGUGCUGCCCUGGGUCCCAUCUCCAGGGAAAGGCACUGCUCCCGCCAGGCUGCACUUCCGACAACGGCCAGCAGAGGGCGCGGGGCGGCUCCGACGCGGGUCCAAGGGCAGCUUCCCCCCUCAACCAGGGCACCAGGACAAGGUGGCUGUAGCUCGGAUGGAAGCAGAUGGAGGGGGUGGGGAUGGCCUGUAAGCGGGGUUGCCCGCCUGGCAGGGAAGUCCCAGGGAUAGCAGUCGGACUUCAGGUCUUGGCCAAGGCUGAGGGACUCUGUCUGCAGGGGAUCUGGGCGCCAGGCGGGCAAGAGUUUAGCCUGCAUGUGCCUCCCGCAGACCCUGGGGUGAUGGCCUUCCUCAUCCUGGCCAGGACACUGCCCCACGUUGAGUCCCACACAACAACCUGUGAGACUGGCUCCCCAGGAGGGCCCCCAGACAGCUCCCAGGCACGUCAUAGGCAAAGCCUGUCCCCCCCCACUCAGGAUUCUCAAGGUCUGAGGUCCUGCUCACUCCCCUUUCCUCUUAUGCCCAGCCUGACCCCAGGUUUCAGCUGGGAGAGGCCACUUCCCUCAGCCAAGGAAAACAAGAACCCCCAGGGGACAGGAGGAGGCUGGAGCAGGUCCCCUUGGGUGUCAUUCCUGUCCCCCUGCCCAGGCCCACUCCCGCUGGUGCUGGGGUACACACUGGUGGGGGGCCCCUGCUCAGCCCAGCCUGGAGGGCCCCAGUGCUACCAGAACCAGGGGCACGGCAACAUCAUGGAUGGGUUCUGCAGCCCAGGGCCCCGAAGGGGAGGCAGUGUGUGGGGCGCACAG